ACAUUCUCACUGUUAAUUUUCUAACCUUACAAAAGUCUCCUUUACCAAUUCUAUACAUCUCACUAGAGUUAAUUACAGAAAUAAAUUUGGUGAAUAUUCUCUCUGAAUAUUUUGUGUGUGCUGCACUUUGCUUUUUUUUUUUUUCACUCAACAGUGCCUUGGAGAUCUUCAUAGAAGAACACAUCUCUAGAUACCAUGUAUUUUAGGUGCUGCAGAGUAAUCCAAAGCAUGAAUGAACUUUAGGUUAUUUAACCAUGGCACUCCUAUGGACAUUCGUUUUCUGUUUCCCCUUAUUGCAAACAAUACUACAUGCAAACAUCUUUGUAUGUUUUCAUGCACUUGUACACGUUUGUCUAGGACAGACACCGAAAAGUGGAAUUGCUGGGUCAUAUGCUAACACCCCUGGGGCUUGGCACACCCUGGUACUGCCGCCUAGAAUGCCUCUCCACAUGACGAAUUCCUGCUCAUCAAGACCCAUCAAGUGUCACCACCCAUGGAAGGCAGUCUCUUCUGUCUCUCUUCUCCCAGAGUACUUCAUGUCCACAGAGAAUCAUUAUUGUGCACUUAGAGCCCUGCCUUAUUUAUCUUUGUGUUCCCAAUACCCUGGCAUAGGGCUUAGCAUAGAGCAAAAAUUCAAAUGUUUUCUUGGUUGGAUAAAUGAGUGACUAAAUAAAUAAACAAACAGGUGAAGGCACAGGGGUUAGGACAUUCCAGAUGCUCAAGGUGAGUGAGUCUGUGAAUGUUUCAAACUUGGGCUCUGGACCAAUCUGCCACUUGGUGCCUCAAGCCAAACCACGUCUGUAGGUCUCUGUCUAUCCAGCCCUCUGACCUUGGGCAUCUCAUCUUGAAGUCUCUUCAAGCUGGGCACUCCACUGAUAGAGCAGUGUGAGUGUGUAGGGGCUCUGGCUGUGGAGCAUAGAAAUCUGAGCCCUGGGGGCAGCCCUAACAGGGGGUUGUCUUUCAAGAGCAGCUCUGUCUUUUUCCCUUUUGAAGCAGCUUGGUGUGCUCUGGGUUGGGGUUUAUUUUUUCUCCCUAUGGUACCUUAGGGGCAAUUAAGAUCAGCUGCGACAUUUCUGCUUUCUGCUUCCAGAUUGAACCCAAGGGAAGCCAGAUGUUUUACACCGGCAUCCACUCCUCGUGAUCUCAUUAACAGUCCUGUUUUCUGAGUCUCUGUGACCUGGCUUCCCCAGACCCCAGGGCCUGGCUUGCAGCCUUGCUUUUUAAUGGGGUUUUAAUAAGUGGCUCCUGUAAUUAAUUUCAUUCUUGUGUUUUCACACUUUCUGUCUAGGUGCCUAAAGGCCCUCAGGCACUAGGUGGGAUGUUAACAGAUUUUAAAUAACACAAACCACCCUGACUGUCAUCAGACACUACCCCAGCUCUUCUCAUUUGCAGUUGUUUUACAAUCCGCAAUUAGCCAGGGCACACGGCCCAUUUGGGAGGCCAGCAACAGACACGGAGAAAAGGGACUUGUCCAAGACGCAGCCGAGAGUGGGUGCUGAGCCUGGUUUCAGAAGUUCAUCCUGCUGGGCACACUCCCUUGUGAGAACCCAGGCAAGGACCCACACCUCAGGCACCACUUGCCAAGCGGCUGAGGCCUCAGACCAAUGGUCUUGGGUGCCGCACUGGGUCUUGGGGAGGCAGUUUCGCCCUCUCACCGGGACUACGGAGCAAGUCCACCCUCAGCAACUCAUACUACCCCCUGCAAUUACCUUCAUUCAUUCCCUUCUGGCCCUUUCCAAUUUAUGAGCGGAUUUAUCUGCACAAAGAACGCGCCAGUAAUUCCUCCCGGGUUUACUAGAAACAUAUUUCGCUAUUUUUAAAGCUACGGUUUAAAAAUCCGCGCACACGUACUCACACUCCUCUGUGAGUGUGUGUGUGUCGGGGAUGGGGGGGGGGUGUCGGUGUGUAUCGAGUGGGUAAGAAGAGAGAACGUGAUCCUGGGCUUCCCAGAGCUCCGCGUCCUCCCCCUGAGGGCGCACUAAUGGGAGGGCACCCGGCUCUCCAACCCCGAGCGAAUUUGCGCGGUCUGGAUCCUCCGAGCGCCCGGGCGUCCGCCCUCGCCGGCCCUCGCCCCCUCUCGCCUGCCAGGGGAGGACGCGGCCGCCGGGUCACCAGCGCAGGAGCGAGCGGGAGGGGAGGGGAGGCCGAGCAGGUGGCGAUUAGGUCAGCUUCGGAACAUUCUUGGGCCGCUCCAGUGGAUAUAAAUAACAGAGGGCAGGCUCCGAAAAAAUGUCGGGGUGGGGACACGGGCGCGAGAAAGAAGGGAUUUGUUUAGGGUGGGGUGGCAUCGUGGGGAUCUGGAAAAAUCCACCCAGGCUGGUGACCGACACAGGCGGUGGGGGGCGAAGGGACUUAAAAGUGAAUACAGGAGUGACACAAAAUGUGGGAAUGAGAACGCGGAGGGGGAGGAGCUCUUGCCUUUUUGCCCCACCCCUACCGCGUGUGGGUCCCAGGCUUCCGAAUGCGCCUCAGAUUGGCAGGCCGGGCUGGAGUUGGAGUCCUGGCCCUGCCCCACGCAGAUCCCGUGCAAGCCGCCGAAGGUAUCUGACCUCAGUUUCUGCAUCUGCACAAUGGAAAUCCGAAAGCUCACAAGGGGAUGGUGGUGAGCUACGUCGGAGCUAACUUCUAAGGAGUCUGAUCUGCAAAAAAUCUUCAAGGCAGAGUCACAGUGGCAGCUUUGAGAGUUGGACAGCCAGGUCCCUGAAGUGAUCUCUAGGCUCCAGCCCCGCCCGCCACCAUUCCGUGCUGCAGGGACACCAUGGCUCCAGAGGAAGACACUGGAGGGGAGGCCCUAGAGGGCAGUUUCUGGGAGGCUGGCAACUACAGGCGGACAGUGCAGCGGGUGGAAGACGGGCAUCGGCUGUGCGGGGACCUGGUCAGCUGCUUCCAGGAGCGUGCCCGCAUCGAGAAGGCCUACGCCCAGCAGUUGGCUGACUGGGCCCGAAAGUGGAGGGGUACCGUGGAGAAAGGCCCCCAGUAUGGCACGCUGGAGAAGGCCUGGCACGCCUUCUUCACGGCGGCUGAGCGGCUGAGCGCGCUGCACCUGGAGGUUCGGGAGAAGCUUCACGGGCAGGACAGUGAGCGGGUGCGUGCCUGGCAGCGGGGGGCCUUCCACCGGCCAGUGCUGGGUGGCUUCCGAGAGAGCCGGGCGGCAGAGGACAGCUUCCGCAAGGCCCAGAAGCCCUGGCUGAAGAGGUUGAAGGAGGUUGAGGCCUCCAAGAAGAGUUACCACGGAGCCCGGAAGGAGGAGAAGACAGCGCAGACUCGGGAGAGCCACGCGAAGGCAGACAGCACGGUCUCCCAGGACCAGCUGCGCAAGCUGCAGGUGCGGGUGGACCGCUGCACCAAGGAGGCCGAGAAGACAAAAGCCCAGUAUGAGCAGACGCUGGCAGAGCUGCAUCGCUACACCCCACGCUACAUGGAAGACAUGGAACAGGCCUUCGAGACCUGCCAGGCUGCUGAGCGCCAGCGGCUUCUCUUCUUCAAGGAUAUGCUGCUCACCUUACACCAGCACCUCGACCUCUCCAGCAGUGAGAGGUUCCAUGAGCUCCACAGAGACCUGCAUCAGGGUAUCGAGGCAGCCAGCGAUGAACAGGAUCUGCGCUGGUGGCGCAGCACCCACGGGCCGGGCAUGGCCACGCACUGGCCACAGUUUGAGGAGUGGUCCUUGGACACACAGAGGACAAUAAACCGGAAGGAGAAGGGUGGCCGGAGCCCUGAUGAGGUUACUCUGACCAGCAUCGGGCCCACAAGAGAUGGUGCUGUGCCCCCACCUCAGUCCCCCGUGUCCUCAGGCAGUGGGCAGGAUGAGGAGUGGUCAGACGAGGAGACUCCCCGGAAGGUUGCCACUGGGGUGCGGGUGCGGGCGCUCUAUGACUACGCUGGCCAGGAAGCUGAUGAGCUGAGCUUCCGAGCAGGGGAGGAGCUGCUGAAGAUGAGCGAGGAGGACGAGCAGGGCUGGUGCCAGGGCCAGCUGCAGAGUGGCCGCAUUGGCCUGUACCCUGCCAAUUACGUGGAGUGUGUGGGGGCCUGACAGCCCUGGCAGCCCUUCUGCAAUGUUUCUCCAGCCUGAGCCAGAGCCCAGCUUCUGGACAGCUGGACCCGAGGGCCCUGAACCUGUGCCCCUGCUGUCCCUCUGUCCCCCGAGGAGGGAGGAAGUCCUGGGAGUCAGGGAGGGGAGGGGCCGACUGAGUCUAGGCUGUGGGUCAUGGGAGGUCAGGAGGUCACAGAAGGGUUCAGGGUACCUCGGCCUCCCCAGGAGUGUUUGGUCUCCCCAGGAGCCAUGGACCCAAUUCCUGGUCUCUGUGUUUUGGGGUUCCUGGGGUGGGCUUGAGGUGAGUGUCGUUCUGAGCUAGCAACACUCUUUUGUGGCUUGUUCUAGUGUGUAUUAAACUUGAAAAAAAUAAAAAAGCAUUUUCAGGCU